CCUAUUGAUAUGUAUAUACUACUUGCGCACCCCUAGCGCGUUCGAUAUGUCAUUUGAUGUUCGUCUUUCCGAAGAGAGGUCGUAACGAAGGUGAAAACGAUGAAAGGAAUAUAUGUGAACGUUAGUUUACUCUGAACUACCAUCGUGACUAGAUCUCCUAUUUUCUCAGUUCCAUAUCACGUUUAGAUCCUACUAUAAGUCUCCACCACGACCUGGCUGGUUCGGUCCCGCUAAACAGCGUUCUUUUUCGGUAUAGAAAAGUGGCGGCGAGAAAAGUAGUGUUUCUAAAAGUAACGCGUGCAAAGCUAACAGAAAAAGUUUUAGCUCGUACAUCUUUCUGGCUACUGCAUUGGUUUGGAGGCCAAAUUUGUCAUCCCGUUUGUGCUUGCUCCCAGGGUAGACUCGGACGACCGGCUGUUUGCAGCAGGUUUGCUUCUAUUGCGGACAAUUCGUAAGUACAGUGCAAAACGUGGUGAAAAAUUGCUACGAAAGUGCGGUAGUACGAGAAAAUAAUAGAGAAAGUGUUUGUGAUAUCGAAUCAGCCAUUACAUUUUGGUGGCGUCAGUGGCGUCGUUGUUCUAUAGACCCCGAAAAGGCCUUUUCGUCAUUGUGAAUGACAACAAUAGGGUGGCUCAUUUUUUUUUCUGUUGAGUUUAUUUUUUGAUUUUGUUGUAUACAAAAACUUAUUUUUCUUUUCUUUCCAUCGUUAUAAAGGCAUUAUCAUACGAAACGGCAAAGGUCGAAAUAUUAAGCGAAAGUGCAACGGAAUUAUUUGGUGGGCGCUUUUUCCAAGGCAGGAGGAGAAAAACCAGUAAUUGAUCAACGAACAAGCCCGGUACGAAAGGUCGGUGAAAAACGUUUGAAUACUAUAUUGUUCCUUUACUUUUGAGUGAUUGUUCGAUUGACAAUGAGUACCAGUGUGGCUGUUUCUAUUGAACCCUACCGUAGGGGAACAUCGUUCAAUGACUGGUACACCCGGAUGAAAUACUUUUUCGGGGUGAACAAAAUAAAAGAUGACGAGAAAAAGGCAUACUUUAUCACGAUAAGUGGUCCGGUAAUUUUUGCCGAAAUGAAACUGCUCUAUCCGGCAGGGAAUUUUGAGGAAGCUUCAUUGGACGACAUUGUUUCAAAACUUAAAAGUCGUUUAGACAAAACAGAUACGGAUUUAGUUCAAAGAUAUAAAUUUAGUACUAGAAUACAGAAUCCAGACGAGAGUGUAGAGGAUUUUGUUUUGAACCUCAAACUUCAGGCCGAAUUUUGUGGUUUCGAAAACUUUAAGGAAGUGGCCAUAAUUGAUCGCCUUAUUGCUGGAAUAAGCGACAAGAAGCUUAGACAACGACUCUUAAGCGAGGAUAAGCUUACUUUAGCAAGCGCUGAAAAGUUAAUUGCUACAUGGGAGGUAGCCCGGGCUAAUGCCGGAGCUGCUGAACAACCAAAUUCAGGAAAUUCAAAUAUGGUAGCAGCAGUAAAUAAUAGGUCGAGUGGGACACAUGGCAUUGUAGCAAAUAGAUUGUCUCGGGUCUAUGAUUUAGCUAGGAACCAAUCGGGUUUUGGACACAAUGCAGGUGGAACUAGUAGCAGAGGCCCAGUGAAAUCCCGACUAGGAUUUAGAUCGCCAGGGAAAAUGCAGCCAUCUUAUAGAGACCGGCGUGGUGCUGAAGCGGACAACUACCGGCAAGAUGGUCGAGUCGGAGGGCAGCGGCAAUGGCAGCGUCCGGACUAUUCCCAAAUGAUAUGCAAUUUUUGUGGUAUCAAGGGACAUAUCCGGAAGAAGUGCUUCAAACUAAAGAACCUGAACCGCGACGCCGUCAAUCUGGUAGAAUCAUAUAGGCCUGGACCAUCAUCUGACCGACACAUAAACGAGUUGCUAAGCCGGAUGCAAACCAGAGACGAAGAGGAUACCGAGGACAGUGACUCAGGUAAUCUACAAUGCAUGCAGGUGUCUUCUAUUAAUAAGAUUAGUAAUCCGUGUUUGGUGUUAGUCGUUAUUGAAGGCAAAUCCCUUGAAAUGGAAGUCGACUGUGGUGCUUCUGUGUCGGUUAUAAGUAAAAGGCGAUAUUUUUCAAAGUUUGAUAAUCCUCUCCGUAGUUACAGUGAGCCAUUGAUGGUAGUAAAUGGGACAAAAUUGAGAAUUGCAGGCGAAGCAAGGGUUUCAGUGAAGUUCAAUGGAAGAGAAGAGCUAAUGCAACUUUUAGUUUUAGAUGGCGAAAAUGAUUUCUACCCACUUUUAGGUCGAACUUGGCUUGAUGUAUUUUACCCAAACUGGAGACAGUUCUUCAUGAAUGGCUUACACAUUAACAACGUAAAUAUGGACUCUGGUAAAAUUGCCAUAGAAGAUUUAAAAAAACAAUUCCCUACAGUAUUCAAAAAGAAUUUUUCGACGCCCAUACUUGGAUUUAAAGCAGAACUAAUGAUGAAGGAUGAAGUUCCGAUAUUCAAAAAGGCGUAUGAGGUUCCUUAUAGAUUAAAGGAUAAGGUUUCAACGUAUUUGGAUAAAUUAGAGGAACAAAAGGUUAUAACACCAGUUGAAAGUAGUGAAUGGGCUUCUCCAAUUAUCGUUGUUAUGAAGAAGAACGGUGAAAUUCGGUUAGUAAUCGAUUGUAAAGUGUCAAUAAAUAAAGCCAUUGUCCCGAAUACAUACCCUUUACCAACUUCACAGGAUAUUUUUUCCAAUUUAGCCGGUUGUAAAAUUUUCUGUGCACUUGAUUUAGAAGGCGCAUAUACCCAACUAGAAUUGACGGAGAGGUCCAAGCAAUUUGUGGUAAUCAAUACAAUGAAGGGAUUAUACAAAUACAACAGAUUACCACAAGGGGCAUCUUCAAGUGCCUCUAUUUUUCAAAGAGUAAUGGACAAGGUACUAGAAGGAAUAGAACAUGUUUCAUGUUACCUUGAUGAUGUCUUGAUAGCAGGGAAAACUCUAGAAGAAUGUAAGAGGAAACUUUUAUUGGUUUUAGAGCGAUUGGCAAAUGUUAAUAUAAAAGUGAAUUUUGAAAAGUGCAAAUUUUUUGUAACGGAGCUGACACAUUUGGGUCAUGUUAUUAGUGAUAAAGGACUUAGACCUUGCUCAGACAAAAUUUCAACCAUCGAAAAGGCAAAUGCCCCAAAAAACGAAUCUGAACUCAAAUCAUUCCUAGGUCUUUUAAAUUACUAUCAUAAAUUCAUACCAAACUUAUCUUCAAAAUUAUAUCCUCUAUAUAAUUUACUGAAGAAUAAUACAAAGUACGUUUGGGACGACCAUUGUCAAAAAGCCUUUCUUGAAAGCAAAAAUUUGCUUAUUGAGACAGAUCUUUUGGAAUUCUAUGACCCUAAGAAGCCUAUGGUGGUAAUUUCGGACGCUUCAAGUUAUGGUUUGGGAGGAUUAAUAGCUCAUGUGGUAGACGAUGUUGAAAAGCCAAUAAGUUUCACUUCAUUCUCAUUAAAUUCGGCUCAAAGGAAAUACCCCAUCUUGCAUUUGGAGGCUUUGGCUUUAGUUUGCACCAUUAAGAAAUUCCACAAGUAUCUCUAUGGACAACAUUUCACUGUUUACACGGACCAUAAACCUUUAGUUGGUAUUUUUGGUAAAGAGGGUAGGAAUUCAAUUUUUGUUACAAGACUGCAAAGAUUUGUAUUAGACUUGUCAAUAUAUGAUUUCGACAUAAUUUAUAGACCAUCGCAUAAAUUAGGGAAUGCGGAUUUUUGUUCAAGAUUCCCGUUGCAGCAGGAAGUUCCUAGCCAGAUAGACUCGGAAGCCAUUAGCAGUAUAAAUUUCAGUAACGAAUUCCCAAUUGAUUCUAAAGUAAUCGCCAGUGCAACUAAAGAGGACGAGUUCUUACAAAAAGUAAUAUCUUUCAUGCUAAAUGGCUGGCCGGAAAGGGUGGAUAGGCAAUUUGCAGAUGUUUACUCAAAUUAUUUGAAUUUAGAGCUUGUGGACGAUUGUCUUCUUUUUAUGGACAGAAUAAUCAUACCAAAAGUAUAUCAGAAAAAAAUCUUGAAAUUACUGCAUGCAAACCACGCGGGAAUAGUUAAAAUGAAACAAUUAGCAAGAAAUACGGUGUAUUGGUUUGGUAUAAAUACCGAUAUUGAAAAAUAUGUAACCGACUGUGAGUGCUGUAAUAGCAUGGCAAUUAUUCCAAAGCCUAAGGAGAUAGCCAAAUGGACACCUACUACUAGACCAUUCAGUAGAAUCCAUAUUGAUUUUUUCUAUUAUGGGCAUCGUACCUAUUUGUUGAUUGUUGACAGCUACUCCAAAUGGAUAGAAGUGGAAAAAAUGGUACAUGGUACAGAUUGUAAUAAAGUUUUAAGAAAGUUAGUGGCUUAUUUCGCGCGCUUUGGUCUACCAGACGUUUUGGUUUCGGACAAUGGUCCUCCUUUUAACUCUCGGGGUUUCGUGGAUUUCCUAGAGAAGCAAGGGAUAAAAGUAAUGAAAAGUCCACCUUAUAACCCAGCAAGUAACGGCCAAGCUGAGAGGUUGGUGAGAACUGUGAAGGAAGUCCUCAAGAGAUUCCUCAUGGAUCCCGAAAUUUCGGAGUUGGAACUGGAAGACCAGAUAAAUCUGUUUUUAUUUAAUUAUAGAAACAACAACUUGACAAAGGAGGGAGUUUUUCCGGCGGAGAGAAUUUUCGCAUACAAACCAAAGACUAUUUUAGACUUAGUUGAUCCACGAAAACAUUACAAAAAGUAUAUAGACAUUUCGCACCCACAUGAUGAUGUUCAUUCUAGGCAUCAAAGCGGAAUAAUUCCGAAAGUUCAAGAAGAUGCCUUGGACAAACUGACUGCUGGGGAUGAACUAUGGUAUAAGAAUCACAACCCCCAUAACCAGGCAAGAUGGUUAAAGGCCAUUUUUAUUAAAAAAUUUUCUCGAAAUAUUUUCCAGAUAUGCAUUGGAAACGCGGAAGUAAUGGCACACAGGACGCAGAUCAGAGUCUGUAAGGGGUCUACGCAAUGGCAAAGCCCCAAUGUUUGGAUUACGAGCCAGGAACCACGCAACGAACCCCUGAUGUCCCCUGGGCGCAAAACACCAACAAGCGACAAUCUGUCCGCUGUCGACGACCCGCCCAAUGGUGAGGAUAAUCGAGACCGAACUCCGAAGGGAGGCACUAAGAGGAAACGCCAGGACUCAGGAAGCUGCCUAACGGAACUCCGUCGAUCCAAACGCACGAAGAAAGUGUUUCGUAGUGAUGAUUUCUAUUACAGUUGAACUCAUGAGUUUAUCGAAUCAUUUUUACAAAAUUUCUGAAAUUGAAACAAUGUUUUUUUGUUGAUAGCAAAUAUGGAUUAAGUUAAGUUUAAGUUUCUGAUCAGAUAAGUUUGAUCUACGUAAAGGGGGAAGAAUUGAUAUGUAUAUACUACUUGCGCACCCCUAGCGCGUUCGAUAUGUCAUUUGAUGUUCGUCUUUCCGAAGAGAGGUCGUAACGAAGGUGAAAACGAUGAAAGGAAUAUAUGUGAACGUUAGUUUACUCUGAACUACCAUCGUGACUAGAUCUCCUAUUUUCUCAGUUCCAUAUCACGUUUAGAUCCUACUAUAAGUCUCCACCACGACCUGGCUGGUUCGGUCCCGCUAAACAGCGUUCUUUUUCGGUAUAGAAAACCUAUCUA